UCGAGUUCGGUGCCAUACGCGCUAGUUCUGGUUACGACGGGCAGCAUGUUCAACCAUUCGUGCGACGCGAACGUGGAGUAUUCGCUGUCACCUGACGGUGCAAUUAUGUUUGUGGCUAAUCGUUACAUUCCAAGAGGCACACAGAUGCUCAUCAACUAUCGUAUCGAUCCCACGGAUACCAGAUAUGCCUUUGAAUGCUACUGCCAGAAGUGUACAACGAAACGUAUACUCGAUCAACCAUCAACACUCACGGAAAUUCCGAAAAGAUUGUAAAGUGUUCGAUCAUCUAUCAUCUAUUUCGGAAAACAGGGAAUGAUUUCAAAGGUUUUCCGGAAACUCAUCCUCGCGAAGGAUGUUAACAGCCGGGUUAACCGGAGGGAGAGAUAAGUCUCUAACAGUGACUUAUUGGCAUGCC